AAGUUUCACUCAAACAUUAGGGGUUGUUUGGCCUCUAUCUAGGCUUAAUAUUAUUAACGAAAUUAGCUUUAGUGGAUUUUUUUUCCAAAAGCUUUACUCUCCUACUGUGUAGUUUUAUUUGAGUUUCUUAGUCAGUCAGCAAGCAUGUCUGGAACAGUACCCAGUGCUUUGCAAAGGUUCAUGUUGCAGAACAGUCACGUAUGGGUAUUUAUAGUUAGAAAUACUUGACCAGUCUCCAGAGCUAAGGUUGCUCCAGUCCUUUAAAAAACCCUGCUGUUGCCUUGUUACCCAGCUAACUUCUUGUCCUAAGCGCCAGAAUUGAUUGUAGUAGGACAUCUUUUGCCGAGAAAUAAAUACCAUGGCACACAAUGGGUCUUCCUCAAACGCUGACAAAACCUACCAGAAUCGCCUGUCAAGUGCUCCAGAAGAUGAAGACCAAGACGCUGCUCUCACCAUUGUGACUGUCCUGGACAGGGUGGCCGCCAUUGUGGACAGUGUGCAGGCCAGCCAGAAGAGAAUUGAGGAGAGACACAGGGAAAUGGGAAAUGCCAUCAAAUCUGUCCAGAUUGACCUUCUGAAGUUUUCGCAGUCCCACAGCAAUACAAGUUAUGUCGUCAACAAGUUGUUUGAGAAAACCCGAAAAAUCAGCGCUCACAUUAGAGAUGUAAGAGCUCGUGUGGAGAAGCAACAAAUUCAUGUUAAAAAAGUUGAAACCAGGCAAGAGGAAAUAAUGAAGAAAAACAAGUUUCGUGUGGUCAUAUUCCAGGAAAAGAUUCCAUGCCCGACAUCCUUGUCUAUUGUAAAAGAUAAAAACCUAAGUGAGGAUCAAGAAGAGGAGGAGGAGGAUAUCUAUGAUCCACCAAUAGAUCUGUCUUCAGAUGAAGAAUAUUAUGUCGAAGAGAGCAGAUCUGACAAGCUUAGAAAGUCAGGCAAGGAGCACAUUGAUAAUAUCAAAAAGGCGUUUUCCAAAGAAAACAUGCAAAAGACACGGCAGAGUUUUGACAAGAGAGUGAACCGGAUCAGAACUACAAUAGUCACCCCGGAGAGGAGAGAACGGUUGAGGCAGUCAGGGGAGAGGCUGAGGCAGUCAGGAGAGAGGCUGAGGCAGUCAGGGGAAGAGAGACUGAAGCAGUCAGGGGAGAGGCUGAAGCAGUCAGGGGAGAGGCUGAAGCAGUCAGGGGAAAAAUUUAAGAAGUCUAUUUCCAGUGCAGCUCCCUCAAGGGACACUUUUAAGAUGCGGAGCCGUCGGAAAGCUAAAGAGCGCACAGUGGCGGAAGGGCCAGUGGAGGUUGGGGAGAUGGGUGUGGACAUCAUGGCCAGGAGUGAGUCUCUAGGCCCUACGGGUGAGUUCUACACUGAGCAGCUCAGGGAGACAGAUGGAGAGGAGGCCCAGGUAGAAUGUCUUCCCCAGGAAGGAGGAGAAAUCCCCACCCCAGAGCCCUUAAAAGUAACUUUUAAACCUCACGUGCAAGUCGAGGAUGACUCUCUUUUGUUAGAUUUAAAGCAGUCAUCAUAGAGAAAUAUUAAGUAAAACUAAAUCUAAUAAUAAUCUAGGUGAAUAUAGCAUGAGCAUUAACAUUUAUAUGCCAUAGAAAGCAUAAGUAGUAUAAUCAUUUCAUAUAUUUAAAAUCUUAACACAAACAUCUAUUGUAUUCUCUUGUGCUUCCUUAGGAAUUUAUUUUUCUCCUUCCCUAGGCUUUUAAUAAUCUAAAGCUUGCUUUCUGAUGUCUUUUAUAGCAGUUGUAAGUUAUC